GCAAACGGAUGGAGGAGAAAGAUCGGGGAGGAUCACGGUAGCAGGGGAUUGUUUGCACAUCCCUCUCCUCUAUAUGUGGAAGCUGUUGACGUAUCAACUCCAGCAGCGCUGAAGGAAGAAAAAAGGAGCAGAAUGGAGAACCUCUCUCCAGGGUGAUAGAGCUUGCUGUACGCCUGAUUGCCACUCAACCCAUUGCCAUCAUGGGAGGGGUGGGAGUUUGGAGUAGGUGGUCCAUGCACAACACGUGUAUAGCUUGUCGAAUGUCGAGUUUUGCCAACCGAGAGCUCAAUUACUGACUGAUGCAACCCCACACAGACCUGCUGUUUGUUCCCUUGGAGAUGAUGAAGAAUGAUGAAGCUACAGACUGUUAGUGAAGCAAUCUCUCUGUGAAAAACGAGCUGCAACUGAGAGCAGAGAGGGGGGCCCGAUGUGCGAUUUGCCGAUUGCUAUCAUCUGCCUCACAGUUAUACAAUUUGUGCCCUUACGGAUGAAGAUGAACCUUUUCUUUUCCCCCCCUUUUUCUUUUUUUUUUAUGCGUGUCAUCCUUCCGCAGCCGGGGCCAUGCUAAUCUUGUGUGUAUCGUAACGGAUGUCUGAAGGACGGAUGAUGAUGAACCUACUUACUCUCAGAGAACCAAUCUUGUGCAGAGAAAAGAGCUGUGACUGACAGCAGAGAGGGGCAGACAAACUGUUCACAGAUGGCUAUCAUGUGCCGCACAGCCAUCGUGUGGCUGAAGCUUUGCAUCAAGGAGAGAGAGAUAGAUCAACCAUUCACUGAUGCCGACUCUAACAGAUGCGCCGCUUUGUCAGUCUGACUCUGCGCAGGAAGAUCAAUGAGCUGUGGGACAGACCGAGUGAUUGACCGAAGUGUCCGCAGUAUAUGUCACUGGGCGAGCUGGAAUGAAAAGAGACUGCUUGACUGAGCCUUGGCGGCCAACUGAGAAGAGUAGAGCAGAGCCUACAAGGGAUUGGCUGAGCGUUCUGCUGAGUGUCUGAGCGACAAAGGAAUGAGUCAAGAACUGUGCUGUGUGGCACAUGGGUUAGCAAUAGACCAUCCCCGAUUAUUGUCAUGCCCGGUCUCAGUCUGAGCUGUUUGGUUGUUGCGUGCUCUCCACGGCAAUUAAUAUGAUGGAAUAAAAAGAGAGCAAGUGGGUUCAGAGGAGGGAGAGGAAUACUGAAAUGGAUGGGGCGAGGAUGGGGAGAGAGCGAAGUAUCUGGAGGAACAAGCAGGAAACAAUCGGGGCCGUCGACUGGCGACAGCAAUCUGUUGUCAGAGCAACAAACUCCAGUGGAGGAUCUGGCAGACAGAUGGGGAAGGGAGGAAAAGCAGGUGGAGAUCAGGAGCGGAGGCGAAUAUGUGCAGUGUGCUGCACAAAAGAAAUAGAAUGAAGUGUCUGCUCCUUUGGCCUUUGGACAUCAAGUGCACCCCUGAACGUGGAAAGUCCACUUGCAAUGAAGCAGCUUGUUGGAUACCAACAGCAGAAGGGAAGAUCGGACAGAUUGGGAAGAAGGAAAUGGGGCGUAGUUUGUAAAUAAUGAGACAACAACAUUUCCAUAUGCAAAUUCUUUGUGCCUGUGUGUGUGUGUGUGUGUGUGUGUGUGUGUGUGUGUGUGCCUGUGUGUGUGCCUGUGUGUGUGUGUGUGGGAACCAGAGCAAGACAGUGGUGGUUAGGGCAGGAGAUGGGAGGCAGGGGCAGCUCGGAGGGGUAGGGACAAGGGAAGGAGGGAGGGAGAGAGAGAGAGAGAGAGAGAGAGAGAGAGAGAGAGAGAGAGAGAGAGAGAGAGAGAGAGAGAGAGAGAGAGAGAGAAGGGAGAGGCGAGGGAGGAAGGAGAAGGAAGGAGACAGAGGAAGAGAAGAAAAGGAAGCAUUGAAGAAGGGGAACCUGAGCUUAUACCAGUUCCGUCUUCUCCUUGUUUUCUUCGGUGGUAGCUUUGUUUCAAGGGGCUGUUUCUAGGCAGGAUUUAGGUCAUUGUACUCAUUUAUUUUCAGUUUAUUAUACUUUUUUAGUUUUUUUUCCCCUUCUUCUUCUGCAGUGUCAUGGGCCACAUAUUGAUCAGUUUAGGGAAUUGUUUCUUUCUACGCAGGAUUCACUGUAUUUUCUUGAUGAACAUGUUUAUUCAUCGGGAACAAAUUUUCAUUUAUCUU